AUGCUCCUUAUCCUGGCCCGAGUUCUCGUCAUACUCUCUACCGUGGCCAAGCUGGCGAUCGCCCUUGUUGGCAGUUUCAUUCUAGACUCUGCCCAUCAAGGUGGUCUCUUCAUUCUCUGCGUUGACUAUCUGGGAGCGACGAUGUGGUAUUGGUGGCUCCUUCAGCAUGAAACUGAAGGCCAGACGACCUUCAGGCGGGUAUUAUACUAUCUAGCGGCUCUGACGGUGAUGUUGCUGGUAAUUGCAAUUGUCGGCAUUCUGCGGGUAUCGUGGGUAAUCGCACUUGAGAUUAGUCGUGUGAGCGGCACGGCUUCAUGUAACUUGUUUGUUGGAGAUAUAUGUCCAAUGGAGGUGGGCUUUGGGGAGAAGGCUUUGAUUUAG